AGACUUUUCAGCCUUGUUCGUAUCUGCUUGUUUUGUCGUCCUUGUGACUAUAUUGUCCUGAAUGGAAAACAUCGCCUUUCAUUUCCUAUUUCUGACCUACUUCACUUUCGCUCUGGUAUGUUUUAUUGCUCAACUUAAGGCGGAGAAUCUGCCGGAUGACGGUGGCUGGACAUCGCAGGGUCUCCACCAUGAAGGUCCGUGUAACAUUGAAGUGCUGGACGGCAGCUCGCUGUCCCUGCGUGGCUUCCUGGACAGAUACGCUUACAGCACGCCGGUGGUGAUCAGAGGCGUGACGGAUAACACGGAAUUCCGCUCUUUGUGCUCCAAGUCGACUCUACUGGACGAGUACGGCGAACGCAAAGUGCGGCUCAGUACGGCCAACACGCAUUCUUACACAAAAGUGGACGUGGCCUUCAGGAAGUACGUGGACGUCCUGCUCAGGCCCCAGUCGCCGGAUGUCCUUGGCAGCGACACGUUGUACUUCUUUGGAGACAACAACUUGAGCGAGUGGCGGAGUCUCUUUGACGUCUACAAGCCGCCGCCGUUGGUGUUGCCUCGCACCAGCAGGGCGUACAGCUUCGGCAUCGCAGGACCCGGAACCGGCGUCCCCUUCCACUGGCACGGGCCGGGCUUCUCUGAGGUCAUCUACGGGAGGAAGCGCUGGUUCCUCUACCCGCCCGGCCAGGCGCCACAUUUCCACCCCAACAGCACCACCCUGUCCUGGUUGACGGACACCUACCCCCACCUGCCGGAACACCAAGCCCCACUGGAGUGCACCAUCCGACCCGGAGAGGUGCUUUACUUCCCCGACCGCUGGUGGCACGCCACGCUGAACUUGGACACCAGCGUCUUCAUGUCCACCUUCCUGGGAUGACAGAUGACAUUAAACAGCCAUUGUGCUCUUC